CACCUGUCAAAAUGUACCGUUGUGUUUAUAUUAUUUAAAAUCAUUGUUAAUCCUAUGAAAUAAGCAAAAAAAAGUGUGUCAAUCGUGUUAGUUCACGUAAUUCGUGAUUUCGAUCCGAUUAUAAUAAGGAUGGAUCAUUUGGCGCAAGAUUUAUCCGUUGCUUUGGAAGAAUCUGAAUCUUGCGGCGCUAUGAUUUUAGAUGGUGGUAGAAAAUGGGGCAUUCGACGAAGAACUCGUUCGGCAGGAAAUUUACACCUUUACGUUAAUAAAUCUGGUGACAACCAAUCUGAAGACAGCUCAAGCAGCAACUCAGAGGUCAGAGUACCAGAACGUAACAGAACGAAAUAUCACUCCGAUUCGGAUGAUAUGUCGAUAAGUUUCGCUGUUGGUCGUGCAAUAAAUUCGCGAUCCCACUCGUUAAGGGUUAAAUCAUCCCUUCAUCACUUAUUCCGUACUACGCGUUACAACAAAAUGGGUAAGAAAUUAAAUUUUACACCCAUCUUGAUGAUUAACCCCCCUCCCAAUAAAGAAUUUAAAUCAAAAUCACUAAUCUAUCUCUAUAUUAAAAAAAAAUUAGGCGUUUUAGGGAUGAGUUUAAGUCUUGAAAGUGACUCAUUCAACGAACAUUCACCGGCCAGACCAAAUUUACGACGUAAACGUAAAUUAAAAAGGAUGAGCAUCGAUGAAACACCUAUUCCACCGUGUGGAAAACGCAAAAGACCCCAGAGAUUCGAAAUGAUUGAUAAUAAUCGCGGUUUCGGACAGAAAAUUAAACCUUUACAUCAAAGUGUUGUGGAUAAAAUCGAAAAGUUUUGCCAAACUGUUGAAAUAAAUGAUUGUAAUCAAAUGGAAACUCAAUAUAUUGAUGAUAAUUGCGAUGUGGCAAGCGAAAGUAGUUUAAGUUGGAGUGGAGGAGAGGGACACGAAGGUGAUGAUGAAUUAACUGAUUGGGCACCUACACAAGAUAAUAAUUCUAGUUUGGAUCAAUCUUGGAAUGAUGAUCAGCGUGAGAUUCGAGCAGGUUGUAGGAGGCUUCGUGAGGAACGUCCAGGUUUUAGCAUCAGUACUGGAGCUAAUGAAAGAGUGGCAAAGUUUUUGCAAGACUCCAAUCGAUCUGAAUUAAGACUUUUUGGAGCUGAACAUGAAAAGUUAGGUCAAUUGGCUUCUUUAUACUCUUUGGAUCAUUGGUUUGAUGGCUCCAGUUCGUUGUUAAAAAAGACGAGCAGAACGCCUUGCAUGCAACCCACUCAAAGACAUCAUAAUGGUCAUAACGCCGCUCACAAGAAAAUUAGGACACAAGAUAGAGGGAUUAUAUAAGAUUCUUUUUUAAUUUUUAAUUCGUAAAAGGGUUUAAUGUAGGGAUUUUAAAGUAGGUUUUUAUAGUUGUGUAUUUAUUAGGUAAUUUUAACAAAGUAUUUUGGAGUUAAGACUUAAAAUUCUCAAAAUGCAUUUAUUUCAUUGGUGGUUAAAUGACAUAUCGUUUUUAAUUUAAAAAAUAAAACUAGAGUAAUUAAUAACGUAAUGAAGCUCAAGAUUGUGUGAAAGUAUUUUAAACUAACGUCUUCAAAUUUAGUACAAAAAGUGGGUAAUUUUGAAUGUUCGUCGAUUCCAAAUUGUAAAUAAACUGUUUAGUUUUAAA